AUGAGUGCAUCUCCUGUAAAGAAAGAAGGUCCAGUAAAGUCAGAAUCCAACGAUGGAUGGCAAGAAAUUCCCCUCAGGUGUUGCACCAUUGAAGACGUGAAAGAUGCCAGGUUCCAUAUUAUGAAGUUCCAGUCGAAGCAGGAUGUCAAUAUCGUCAAGGACUUCACAAAACCAGUUCGGCUACACAGAAAAGAUCCUCAGAAUAUCCAGUUUCAGCUAACAAGAAAAGAAAUAGAAGAGAAACGCCAGCAAGGAGCAGCACAGGAAGUCCCCGUAAAUGGUGAAGGCGAAGAGGAGAUGGAUUUAUCACAAGUGGCACCCGAUGGUGGCGGACGAAAAAACAAGAAAAAUAUGUUUAAACGUAAAACCAGACAGAUCAGUUUGAUGGAUGAAUCCAAGCGAAAAUUACGGUUCGAGGAGUUUUAUCCGUGGGUUAUAGAGGACUACGAUGGCAAGAACAUCUACGUGGGUAACUACGAAGCAGGGUCAUCGGACACCCAACAGGUUCUCUUUGUCUUUGAUCGAGAUGGGUUCAAAAUGAUACCCGCAGAAAAGGUGUAUCGGUUCACCCCAAGAAAUAAAUAUACUACAUUGACCCUCGAGGAGGCAGAGGCGAAGAUGGAAAAGAAAUCGGCGGUGCCGAGAUGGUUGAUGAAGCGCAUGGAAGAUAAUCCGGCAGAGGCUUCUCCUGACCAACGAUUUGGCAAUAUAAGCUCAUCCCAAUCGAUGAGUAAUAGCCGCAGCCGAAUGCGGACCGUUAUGGGUGGAUCCACCUCGAAUGAUAGAGAUUCAGACCAUGAUGACUUAGAUUUCGAUGAAGAGUUUGCCGAUGAUGAGGAAGCACCCAUCAUGGAUGGUGACGAAGAGGAGAACAAGCUCUCCGAACAAAAGGUUAAAAAAGAACAGUUGAAAGCAGCUCACUUCGACGGCCAGUCGGACGCUGAUGCAGACGAUGACUUGGACGACUUGUUCGAAACCGAAAAAUCUCGAAAGGUCGACAAAGAAGGUAAAAAGUUGCGGAAGGUGCUCAACAAAACAGAGGGAGGAGUGUACGAUAGUGAUGACGAUGACGAGGAUGGUCUUAAUCCUUAUCUUUCCAGGUCCGACAUAGAAAACGACGACGACGAUGAAAAUGAUGAAACGGCGGUGAAGACAGAAGACGACGGCAGUCAACUGUUGUCUGGACGCCGUGCCUUCUACGCUACUGACCUUGGCAAUUCAUUCGUUUCGAUCAAAGCACCUGUGGGUUUCUUGAGUGGAUUCCCCAAAGGAGACUGGAACCCACAAGGCUUCAAGAGGCAGGCAGAAAUGGCCGCUCCUCUGCCUUCGAAGAAGGUGAAGUUAGAGGAGAACAAAUCAGUAUCUCCGACUCCACCCAGUGGUGUGGAUUUGCAUUCUGCGGGCCCUAAUAACGACCUUGUUACUGUGGAAGAAGUGCUUAAUAUAGUUCGCAAAGAACCACUCACCACGAAGCAACUAUUGCUUGUCCUUAAAAAUCGUGUUUAUGCUCAUCCUGACAACAAGCUCAGGAUCAUUAAUAUUGUCAAGCAGAACUUGAAGUUGUCAAAUGGAAUGUUGGUGUUGAAGGAGGAGCAUUGA